CUGAUGAUUGUAAAUCUCUUCUCUUCCUUAUUGCACUGUAACACAGACCUUUCCCAAAGGGGAAAACCUCUUUCUACUACCUCUUCCUCCCAUAUUGAGAUCCUCACUCAGCUUUUUUUUUUCCCCCGGGGUGGGGGCAGGGAAUGCUGCUGGCCUUAUAAAGAAAGCUUUACUGUAUUAAAAGUAUUUGAAAAAGAGGAAGACUUCUCCCUUAGGUUCUCUUGUUUCCUGGGUUCCAGAACCUCCCCUCCUCUGACGGGGAUGAAGAAAAGGUUCCUUUAGCUUUUCUGUAGAAAGCGGGGCAUGGGGAGCAGGCAUGUAGGACUGGGGGGCUCAUGGUGUCCAGGUCAUGGUCCUCUAGAGUUUUUGAAUCAAUUAAAGCAAAUAAUGCUCUGUUUUCUACCAGGCCCAGACGAGUGAUUGGCCAAGGCGGGUCCCGUGACCAUGAAUUCCCUGCAAUUUCGCUGGAGUCCUGGGUUUAAUAGAGAGAGUCCCCAUACGCUUGUAUUUAUCAGCAAUAUACAAUUAUAAAGACCCAAAAUUUAAAAAAAAAAAAAAAGAGAGAACAAAAUCUUCCCCUCCCAAAAUCGCUGCAUCACACAAACCUGGGGGGGGGCAGGAGGGGGGGUCCCUUCCGAUCCUCCCUCCUGACGCCCCCCCAGCAGGCCCCCUCCCCCACCAUUGAAAGCCAUGAAUUUUGAAUUUGAGAGGGAGAUUGGGUUUAUAAACAGCCAGCCAUCGCUCGCCGAGUGUCUGACUUCCUUCCCCGCUGUCUUGGAGACAUUUCAAACUUCAUCAAUCAAGGAGUCGACAUUAAUUCCUCCUCCUCCUCCUUUCGAGCAAACCUUCCCCAGCCUCCAGCCCGGCGCCUCCACCCUUCAGAGACUCGGGAGCCAAAAGCGAGCCGAAGAUGGGCCCGCUCUGCCGCCGCUGCCGCCGCUCCCCGCCGCCCCCCUGGCCCCCGAGUUCCCCUGGAUGAAAGAGAAGAAAUCCGCCAAGAAACCCAGCCAAUCCGCCGCAUCUCCCCCGGCCGCCUCCUCCGUCCCGGCCUCCGGGGUCGGAUCGCCGGCAGAUGGGCCGGGACUACCGGAGGCCGCCGGCGGCGGGGCGCGCAGGCUGCGCACCGCUUACACCAACACGCAGCUGCUGGAGCUGGAGAAGGAAUUCCACUUUAACAAGUACCUGUGCCGGCCGCGACGCGUGGAGAUCGCGGCCUUGCUGGACCUCACCGAAAGGCAGGUGAAAGUGUGGUUCCAGAACCGGCGCAUGAAGCACAAACGGCAGACGCAGCACCGAGAGCCGCCCGACGGGGAGCCAGCCUGCCCCGGCGCGCCGCAGAACACCGGCGAGCCAGCCGAAGAGCCUGUGGCUAGCCCGGGCCGCCCCUCCGUAUUGCGGGCCUCGCGAGCAGCCUGUUGUCACCCGCCCGAGGUCGCGCAAGGGCCUCCGGGCGCCUCGGGCCCACAGCCUUUGGCCGCUCGCGUGGAGGGCGCAGACGCGCGGAGCCCGGGCGGCGCGCCGCGCGGGGACGGCGGACGGGAGCCCGAGCCGUUGCCAGAAGACGCCUUCCCGGAGCGGCAGGAUUCGCCUUUCUUGCCCGACCUCAGCUUCUUCGCUGCCGACUCCUGUCUCCAGCUGUCCGGAGGCCUCUCCCCUAGUCUCCAGGGCUCUCUGGACAGCCCGGUUCCCUUUUCCGAGGAAGAGCUGGACUUCUUCACCAGCACGCUGUGUGCCAUCGACCUGCAGUUCCCUUAAUAACCCGCUUCCUUCUCUCGACCCCCGGCCCCCCUUCAGCAGCCUGUGGGGAAACCCAAGGACCACCCCCCCCCCGCGCCAAGUCGUAUGGACUUCUUUAUGUGUUUUGCUAAAAUUCAGGUAUUAUUGAAUUAGCGUUUAAUCCACCUCCUUUCUUCUCUAAAAUAUUGGACACACGGGCGUCUUUUAAAAAUUACACAUUAAAAAAUCCGUUUGGUAGAGUCCUUCCAACGAAAUCUCAGGAAUAAUUAAACUCUGGGGAGGGGGGGGUGUGCUUUCUUAAAAAGAACUAGAGGAACCUAUUUUCCUCUUUCUUUUUUUUUUUAAGUUUUAGGCCGUAGAUUAUUUAUUAAAAUCCUUUACUAAUAGGAAAAGGGGAAAGUAUUUAUUGUACAUUAUUUUCAUAGAUUAAAUAAAUGUCUUUAUAAUAC